AUGCGCUUGUGGGAUGAAGAUAAAUACUACAAUUAUUUUCGAAUGUCUAGUGUACAGUUUGAUGAUUUAUUACAUCUCGUUGGACCACAAUUACAAAAAAAUGAUCAAUUUAGGACAGAUAUGCUUUCCCCUGCCGAAAGGCUCAGCAUAACAUUAAGGUAUUUAGCAAUUGGGGAUCACAUGAUAUCUAUGUCUUAUUUACACCGUGUUGGGAAAAGUACUGUUUCUGCUGUUAUUAAGGAAACUUGCAAAGAACUAUGGUUGUGUUUGAAAGACAUAACCUUGAAGUUUCCUUCACAAAAUGAAUGGUUAGCUAUCGCUGAAGAUUUUGAGCAGCAGUGGCAUUUUCCCAACUGUAUUGGUGCUUUGGACGGGAAACAUGUAGUAAUAACAGCAUCACCACAUUCUGGUUCUUCAUUCUACAACUACAAAGGCUCUCAUAGCGUGGGAUUUUUAGAGUGUCUGCCAUGGGAGAAAAGUUUUAUCAAGGAAAAAUGA